AUGGGAAAAGACUACUACGCUCUCCUAGGCGUCUCAAAGGACGCCAACGACGACGACAUCAAAAAAGCAUAUCGUAAAAUGGCACUCAAAUGGCAUCCAGACAGGAACAAAGACAAGCAGGAAAAAGCUUCAGAGAAGUUCAAAGAGAUCAGCGAAGCCUUCGAGGUCCUGAGCGAUAAGAACAAACGGGCAAUAUACGACCAGUUCGGGGAGGAAGGGUUGAAAGGCGGAGGUCCUCCUCCUCCGGGUGGCUCGGGGGCUUCGUUUGGCGGCGGAUUCCCCGGUGGGUUCUCCUCUGGAGGGUUCCCGGGAGGCGGUGGGACGUUUUCGUCUUCCUCGGGUGGUCCGGGCGGGAGGUACCAACCCGGAGACCCGAACAGCAUCUUCGAGCAGUUCUUUGCCUCUUCUGGUUUGGGUGGUGUAGGAGGCAUGGGAAAUGGCAGGGGAAUGCACUUUGCGCACGACGACAUCGACAUGGACUCCGGUGGCCAUCCGGGCGCACACCCGCUCGCCAGCAUGUUCGGCGGCAUGGGCGGUAUGCCGCGCUCUCGUCAAGGACGUUCGUCGACCAGCACCCCGGGAUUCGACAUGCCCCGUCAACCUCCUUCGGACUAUGUCAAACCGCUCAAAGUCAGCUUGGAAGAACUCUACACCGGCACGAAAAAGAAGCUCAAAGUCUCGCGCAAGCUGCUUUCGGGCGGCACGGAAGAGAAGAUCCUCGAGGUCGCCGUCUUGCCGGGGUAUAAGGGGGGAACGAAAGUUCGCUUCGCACGUGCAGGGAAUGAGAGAGAAGAUGGGGAGGCGCAGGAUGUGGUGUUCGUCGUUGAGGAGAAGGCACACGAUGUUUUCACAAGGGAGGGGGACAACUUGGUCGUCAAGCUCGAAAUUCCGCUCGUGGACGCACUCUGUGGGAUAAGCGGGAACAAGACCGUACGGCAACUGGAUGGCCGGAUGAUCACGAUCCCAGCACCGAGUGGCGUGAUAAAGCCUGGCUCGGAGACCAAAGUCUCUGGCGAGGGGAUGCCCAUACGCAAACAAGGAGCAAAGUCAAAAGGGGACUUGAUCGUCAAGUGGGAAAUCGUCUUCCCAGACCGGUUGACCGCAAGUCAGAAGGAGGCGGUGAGGAAGGUG